AUAGGUAGUGUUAUUCUUCCGAAAUAUUCAUCAAGACAACCCCGAACUUUGAAUGCGAGUACUUGAGUGACACAGGCAUCUUUGCGUUCUCUCUUUCAGAACAGCCCGUUGCACAUUGCAUUCACUUCUUGUACCGUGUCUUGGGGUUCAGUGACCCCUCGGAGCACUACCCUCACUGUCUCGGGGCCUGACCUAACCUAGCAACUACUGAGGCUAAAUAAAAUUUGGAAACAAUGGCACGUAGCAGAUUAGCAAAAAUUGGCACGAUUCAUUCGAGAACAAGCGGUCUUCUCAGAUCUGGGGCUAUGAAAGAAGAGGAUAAACCAUUAUGGUUCGACAUUUAUGAAGCUUUCCAACCAAAGGAUGAACCUCGUUUCGAUCGUCCUAUAAGCACGGGAAAUAUCAGAGAAAUUUUCUAUGAGGAGGACGUCAUUCGAGCAAAGUUCCACAAGGAUCAUCCUUCUCUACCAUUCGUUCACCUGAACGAUACAUCACGUUUGUCUCAAACACAAAAAUUUAUAGCUACAUAUCAAGAGUUAUCAAAAGAGGGUGGUGCCCAAAAAUCAGAACUAUACAAAGCUGCUGUUUCUCAAGUAAUUGGCCAGGCGGUUAGAUCACGAAUCGACAAGCCUCAACCAUCUGAAGAAACGACUUCAGUGGCUGAUACAGAGAAAGGCAAAACUACAAACCUGAAUGUUAACAUUAAUAACAUAUUUAAGGAAUAGUAACAUUUAAUUUAAUUCAACGAAACACUGUAUUGUAAGGAACACUAGAAAAUGAAUUAAACCAGUACUAUAUAGUAA